AUGGCGGAUCAAGCUGAUAACUCGAACCUCACUUGUCCUCUGGUGUGUUAUGGAUUUAUUACUCAUGGUAGAUUAAACGGGAGAGUGAAAGCCUCUAUAACUGAUAAUUUGAUUGUGCAAGCACGGACUGAGGUGAGCAAUGCAGUUUUGGACAUGGCACGAGUUGAUUUUGAUUACCUGGCUCAAAACUACGUAGCUAACUUUAGUCUCGAGACCAGAGGCGUAAUUGGAGCAUCAUAUAUCCAGGCUUCACUCGCCACCGAGUUUGUGUACAAUUGCUUUUCAAGAGAUGUUAAUACUAGUAUUGGGUAUGACUGCGAUUCUGAAAUGGCUCAGGUCCAAGGAAAGAUUGGUUCUAACGGUGUUGCAUCUGCAUAUCUUUUUAAAGGAUGGAAUAUGGGACUCGAUUGUAUUCUAUCUGCAAGUUUUGAUCUUAAGAACAAGGAUUACAUGCUUGGUUUGAGCUUUUCAAGGAGAGGUAAAUGA